UCCCUCCUACAACUCCCACAAGGCCCCUCGGCCCCGGGCCGCGGCCCGGCCCGGAGUGGGGGCGGAGGCGGAGGCGCGGGAGUUAUGGAGGGGGCGGGCUCUGCAGGGAAGUGCGUCAGAGGAGGCGCGGGGAGAGUAGGGUGCUGUGGUCUGAGCUAGAGGGUGAAGCUGGCGGAGCAGGAGGAUGGGCGAGCAGUCUGAAUGCCAGAAUGGAUAACCGUUUUGCUACAGCAUUUGUAAUUGCUUGUGUGCUUAGCCUCAUUUCCACCAUCUACAUGGCAGCCUCCAUUGGCACAGACUUCUGGUAUGAAUAUCGAAGUCCAGUUCAAGAAAAUUCCAGUGAUUUGAAUAAAAGCAUCUGGGAUGAAUUCAUUAGUGAUGAGGCAGAUGAAAAGACUUACAAUGAUGCACUUUUUCGAUACAAUGGCACAGUGGGAUUGUGGAGACGGUGUAUCACCAUACCCAAAAACAUGCAUUGGUAUAGCCCACCAGAAAGGACAGAGUCAUUUGAUGUGGUCACAAAAUGUGUGAGUUUCACACUAACUGAGCAGUUCAUGGAGAAAUUUGUUGAUCCCGGAAACCACAAUAGCGGGAUUGAUCUACUUAGGACCUAUCUUUGGCGUUGCCAGUUCCUUUUACCUUUUGUGAGUUUAGGUUUGAUGUGCUUUGGGGCUUUGAUCGGACUUUGUGCCUGCAUUUGCCGAAGCUUAUAUCCCACCAUUGCCACCGGCAUUCUCCAUCUCCUUGCAGGAAAUUACUCAGAUUCUUGGCUCCGUGAAUAAUGUUAACGAUCUUCUACAUUAUCCUUGAUAAUUACUCAUUUCUCAGUAAUCUUUAAAUUUCAUCCCAUGACUCUAAGGAUAGCUUCCAAGCUCUUUAAAUGGCCUUAAAACUCAUUGGCAAUUUCUAUACUUCAGACACACUGAAUUUUUAGUUUUUCCAUUGGGCCAUGACUAUGGUAGUUUAAAAACAUGGCCUUAAAAUCCUUUGAUCAGUCUUGCAUUAAGAUUCCCAUCCCCUUGAAUGUAGGCUGGCUUGUGAUGGUUUUGACCAAUAGAAUGUUCCUGAAAUGACACUCUUCUCAUGAGGUCAUAAAGAUCAUGGGUCCUUAAACCAGUUCUGGAACACUCAGUCUUAGAACACUCCUGCUCCAAACCCAGAUACCAUGCUGUGAAGUCCAGGCCACGUGGAGGGGUCCUGUGUAGAUGCUCCAGCUGAAAUCCCAAGCUAAGCUCCCAGCUGAUAGCCAACAGCAUUUCCAGCCAUGUGCGGGAGCCAUCCUGGAUGUCCAGCCUUAACGAGCCUUCAGAGGACUUCAGCUACAGCUAUUAUCUUACUACAUCCUUGUGAGACUCUAAUAAAGAACCAACUAGAUGAGCCCAAUCAACCUAUAGAACUGAUAGAAAUGAAAUGAAUUGUUGUUUUACGCUGUUAUGUUUUGGGGUCAUUUGUUAUGCAGCCACAGUAUCUGCAACAAUGCCAUUUCCUACCACAGGCUUUCUCAUGGUUUUUUUCCCCCAUUUUUCUGAAUAGCUUUUUCUGACCUUUACGGUCCUGCGUCCCACUCCUUUUACCCAGGUAACUCUUAUUUUUCAGAUCAAAACUUAAUAUUUGCUACUUCAGUCAAGUUUCCCUAAUUAUCUAUUUUGGGUUAGUUCUCUUACAUUUCAUCGCACUGUGAAGUUCUUGAAUGUGGUAGUUUAUUGACUGCAGUGGACAGUUAAGUCCAAAUAUAAGAGUGAUUCCACUUGCUACUGCUCCUUUGAGACUCUGUAGAUCCAUUUUUUUUAUACUGCCAUAAAAUCUAAGGUAGGGUUUUUAGUCAUUUAAUAAUUAAUUAGCCAGGCAUGGUGGUUCAUGCCUAUAAUUCCAGUUCUUUGGGAGGCUGAGAUGAAAGAAUGGCUGAGGCCAGGAGUUUAAGACCAGCCUGGCCUUUGUCUCUACAAAAAAUUAAUGAAGUAAGGUAGAGAAACACUAAAAAGUCAGUCUAAUAAUCACACUCUAGUUCAAUUAGGGAGGUGUAAAAACUCACUAUUCAAUGUUAAAACUCUUCUCUCCCUUAGCUUCGGUUUGCCUGUCGUUGGGAGGCUCACAGUAGGGGAGGAGGCUUUCUCAGCCUCUUCUCUCUGUCUUCAGUCACUGACUGUUUCUGAUCUCUCUAUGGUCAAACCAGUGGAAGAGUAGAUUAGGGCAAAGUAUAUUUCCAUUGUGGCUGGUACUGUUGUCAUCUGAACCUGGAGCCAUGGAGAGCCCAUGCAUAAUGCCGGCUCUUUCUCUUUUUAGAGCCAUUCUGUGAGUUUCUCAGGGACUUUAUGCAGAUCUUCAGACUGCAGCUUUGCUAACAUGUAAAAUCAAUAUCUGUCCUUCAGCGGGCUGCCCCUCAAUCCUAUUCCUGGCAGGCUGGUUCCCCUCUGUUGGGACCACACUGAAGAAUUCUCUUUGGAUCUGGGCACAAUGGCUUACGCCUGUAAUCCCAGCAUUUUGGGAGGCUGAGGCAGGAGGAUCACUUGAGGCCAGAAGUUUAAGACCAGCCUGAGCAACAUGGCAAGACUUUGUCUCUACAAAAAAUU